UUGUCCCCAGAGAGACAUGUGGACUUAACCACAGAUGGUAAUAUAGUUGUGGGGAUCCAGCUGCCAGAGAGGGCUGGCCCAUUUGUAGAUAUGAAAGGUUUUGCUGAUGUGGGUUCUUACUGUGAGUUUUCUGGGCUCAAAACGGUGGUCACUGCUCCUGGUGACAGUAAAAAUGUGCAGAAAUCACUGUACGCAAGCCGAAAUGAAGAGAGAAGACCCUCUCUCUCCGUUUCAUUUAGUUCAUCUCACCGGUUUGUGAGUUCAGCAUACGUGAGCGUGUCAGAUAAGCCUAGAAUGGUGCAUCUGGCCGGUGAUGUGGCCAGGAGCUCCCCUUCCUCCUGCGGAAGCACCAGUGAAAGUGCUGUGACGCUGAAAUCGGAGCCACAGCAGCCUUCGGUGUUGCCAGAUCAUGAGCUGGCUCGGCACUUGGUACGGAGGAAGGCAGAACCGCCAGCUCCAGGGCAGUCUAGUUGUGAGCAAGUCAGGGAUGCUUUCGGAGAGCCGAAGCUUCUUGGAAAUGGUGAGACAUGCUCUAGACCUGCGCAGGCUGCGACUUUGGUGGUCGGGAUGACCAGUCCAGCAAAGAGCGGGUUUUCUGUAGUUCCCAAAGCUGCCGGUCUCCAAAGAGCUGCCUCAACAUCCACCUCCAGCAAAGCUCCGAAGUUCAGGAAAACUAACUACACGUGGGUUGCAAACCCUGGUAAAUGCUCUCGUCCUGUGAAGAGAUGGGUGAGCCCUAGAGCUUCUGAAAGUGCCAAGAAGGUUGCUGGUGGGGCGGACAGAGGUGCUAAACUAUCCCCAAAAGCAGACUUGGGAGCAAAGCUGAAGAAAUCAGGAUUGCAGCCCAAACUGGGUGUUUCUCCCAGCAAGUAUAAGUGGAAAGCCUCCAGCCUGCAGACCUUGCCUUCCACCUCCAAGUCAGCAUUCAGGUGGCAAUCUGAGGAUCAGAAAAAGCCUCCAACCCCCAACCUCCCUCGAGCCAACACCGCCCCACCGACUCUGAGUGCUGUGUCUGUUGGUCUCAGUGGGGUGAAGUCCUCCUUUGUUGAUGCCGCGCUGUCCAGUUAUAAAGUGAAGAGUCGGACAAAAAUCAUCAAGAGAAAAGGAAGCUCGGGUUCCCCGACAGAUAAGAAGAACAGCUCCUCGCCCACCAUGCCUCUGAAAAGCCACUUCCAUCUCAGGAAGAAAAACUCCUCGCGAGGGAAACCUUCUGCGACGCUGAAACGCUCCUCGUCCAAGGGCCUGGUGCAGAUCACCAAGCACAGGCUCUGCAGGCUGCCGGCCACCAGGAUGCAGGUCUCCACCAAGGAAGGAGCAAACUUGCACUUCAUAAGGAACCCCCCAGCCAACAAGGUGAUAAAGACACGCUACAGGAUAGUGAAGAAGAAUGUGGUGUCUCCAGCCUUAUCGUCCUUCAGCAGCCCAGUUCCCAACUGGAAGACGAGACGCCCCGUGACAUCCAGAUCCCAGCUAUUAAAUCAAAUGCGCCCAUCGCCUCAAGGUGGCAAGUCCCAGCACGUGCAACAGAGAUGGAGGAGUAAAGGCUAUCGCUGCAUCGGCGGGGUGAUGUACCGAGUGUCGGCAAAUAAACUCUCCAAGACUUCCAACACCCCUGGCCGGGGCAGAGACCUGAGCACCAAGAGCCCUGGCAGAGCAGCGAGGUUGUAUUGUACGCCCAGUCCUGGCUUCUCUCCAUCCGGCUGCCUGAACAGAUCAGCUACGAGCCGAUACAUCGCCAGCCGUGCUGUUCAGCGGAGUUUGGCCAUCAUUCGUCAAGCCAAGCAGAAGAAAAAGAAGAAGGAAUACUGUAUGUACUACAACCGCUUCGGCAAGUGUAAUCGCGGGGACAGCUGCCCCUACAUCCAUGAUCCAGAAAAGGUGGCCGUCUGUACCAGGUUUCUCCGUGGCACAUGCAAGAAGACAGAUGGGACCUGUUCGUUUUCCCACAAGGUGUCCAAAGACAAGAUGCCGGUGUGCUCCUACUUCUUGAAGGGGAUCUGCAGCAACAGUAACUGCCCGUACAGCCACGUCUACGUGUCCAGGAAGGCAGAAGUGUGCCAGGAUUUCCUCAAAGGCUAUUGCCCCAUGGGAGAAAAGUGCAAGAAGAAGCACACGCUGGUUUGCCCCGACUUUGCCAAGAAAGGUGUCUGCCCCAGGGGUGCCUGGUGCAAGCUGCUGCACCCCCAGAAGAAGCGUCACCCAAGAGAGGCAGAAGAUGGGGACCGCAACGAACCCCCUUCCAAGUGGAGACGGGUCUGGGAGGAGACGGGCAGGAGUGAUCCAGCUCAGCUCCAUGACGAUGGGGAAAUACCCGGACCCUCCAGUGCGGAGCAAGAGGUGAAGUUUUGGAAAGAGACGGACACUUCACCAACCAGCUGGCUGCAAAAGCUGCCGUCCUUCAUCUCUCUCCAGUCCUCAGAAUCCCCUGGUGAUGAGGGCUGCAAAGUGGAGAAGGACGAGGACGAGCCAGAGGAUGAGCCAGCCAGUUUAUUGAAGGCAAGCCCUGCCACCAGGCUCCUUGGAUGCUUGCGGGGCUGGGAAGAGGGUCCCAUCCCCAUCGGUCUUCCUGCAGAUCGUGGCUCUGCUGCUGUCCCGGACACGAGGUGACAUGGGGACCUGAGGAGCUUAAUGCCAUCACCAGACGUGCCCGCAUCCAGGUCAGCCACUAUAUUGGGGACAAGUGUGGCCGGUGGUCACAAGUCACCGUGCCGGAUUGUAAUGGGGUGUAAAGCCCCUGCACGGCUCAGCCCUGGUCUCUCCAUGUCCAGAGGCCACCUGCAUCCAUCCCGCUCCAUCUCCUUGGUUUUGGGAGGAGAUUUCUUGGAGCGGAGCCGUGUGCCAAGAGCAUCCCUAGUGGAAAUGUGUGUUGGGAGCAGUGCUGAGCUCACACCAAAUGCUCCUGCAGCAUGUCGGGGUCUCCCAUGGCCGGUUGCACCCUGAUCCCCACCUCUCCCCACCUCACUGGGGGUUUGGUCUCCCUUGGGAAACCCAAACCAGCUCUUUGGGG